AGAAUCAAGAAAAGAAGUAGACGCACCGCACAACAUGGCUUCUCCAGCCGAGUGGUCGUUCACACCCCUGCCGGCGUUCGCUCCGACCGUCUUCCCCAACAUCGCCGAGUGGUCGUUCACACCUCUGCCGGCGUUCGCUCCGACCGUCUUCCCCAACAUCGCCCUGUGGGACGUCAGCAACGCGGUCAAGAACCUCACCUACCAGGUCCAGAUCUCAUGGCCGUUCGAAUGGGAAUCCCGCGAGGUGACUGAUAAGUCAGCCCUCACCAUGUACGUCCUCGACGGCAACGCCCUCGGCAUGACGGCAUCCGAGGCCAUCAAGCGGCGCAAGUUCAUCUACCCCAACCAGCCGGACAGCGUGGUCGUGAGCGUCGGGUACCCGCUAUCCGACGCCGUCUACGACGUGGCGCGCCGCACCGCCGACUACCUUCCGCCGCUGCCCGACAACGAGGGGCGCGCCGACGACUUCCUCGCCUUUCUCGGGGACGUGCUGCAGCCGUGGGUGCGGGGCGAGGUGUUCCCCGGGGUGGCGCACGCGCGGGAUGCGCUGUUUGGGCAUUCGUUGGGCGGGUUGUUCGUGGCGUAUGCGUUUGUGCAGGAGCCGGCGCUGUUUGAUACGUUUGUGGCGGCGAGUCCGGCGGUGGCCUGGAACAAGGCGUCCGUGUUGGAGGACAUUACGCGGCGGUUUGGUGAUGGCAUAUCGGGUGGGUCUGAGGAAGCAGGCGGGGGCGGCGGUGGGGAUGGGACGAAGCCGGCGAUGUUUAUCGGGUACGGCAGCGGGGAGCAGUUUCCCGUGAGGGGGCGCACCGAGACGGAGGUGCAGUUCCAGGCACGCAAGGCCUUGUGGGACUGGACCCGCAUCACCGAGGCCAGCUACGAGUUUUAUGACCGUGUUCGCGCGGGCACCGGGACCCGGGAGGUGGUGUUGAGGGAGUACGUCGGACAGGAGCACUCCGGUGUGGCUGGGAGCGUGUUGACGGAUGGGAUUAAUUACUUCUUUGAUUGGUAGGGAGGAACCGAGGACCGAGAGUACUGGUUGGGCUACAACAUAGUGAUCACGCAAUGGGUUUGAAAGAUAUAGCUUGAGGUGGCUUGUAUGUUCAGGCCUCUUCGUAUGCAAAUAAUAUGUACAGUUACAAGGUCUGAAACCUGCCCUGACCCGACCCCUUUCUGAUCUACUCGCACCCAACGCGGGCCGAGUCGAUGACGAUGUCGUCAUACCAGAAGGUGUUGGUGUCCCCGCCGUACGACUCCCAGCCGAAGUAGACGGCCGAGGGCGUCGGCUUGAUGUCGCUCCGCUGCCACUGGGCAGCGUUGGGGUUGCUCUCGCCCGGAAUGCUGGUCAGGCCGGCGAUGGCCUCGCCGUUCAGCCACGUCUCGAUGGAGCCGUCGGC